AUGCACGUUAAUGAGGUCAAACUCGUGCUUACCUCCUACUGCUCCUCCACCUCGGCGGCCAGUCCCAGUAAUUGGGUAAUUCGCGUGGGCGCGAAAUCGUGCGUGCGCUCCAGAAAGGCGUCCAAAGGAUCCGGCCGAAAUUGACGACAAGAAGAUCAGAAGUGAGGAGCUCGAGUUGGUUGUGUGGUACCAGUUGACGGAGAGAGCAAGUCGCUGGAAAGGGUAGGGAGGCAGGUACACAACGACAGAGAGUGAGAUGGGAGGACAGACAGGGCACGUGUGCUGACUGAUUACAGCUAGACGCUGAUGUUGACACAAGUGGCCUGCGGACGUGCGCACGUAUGUGCGUGCGUGCAUGCGUCUAUAGCACGCGCAUUUGGACGCGCAUAAAAUGGCUCGGCGACCAACCAGCAAAUGUCCAUGCCCCAUCUCCCCCUCCCUUGGUGUAGCCACCACAGCGAUUGAGAAAAGCCGACCCGAUCGACGGACACGGACUACACAGAGCCCACCGCCGCGUUGUCUCUCUCUCACACGCUCCCCUUACAUCAGUCCCUUCUUUUCCGCGUCUCCCCCCUUCUCCAGAGGUAACGAAAUAUCUGUCUCACUUGGGUGAGUCAGGAUUCCCAGCUGUACCUCCCUUUACUACCGCCCUCCAGCGGCUGCGCGUAGAGCGACAGGGGGGGGGGAGAGAUGGCUGCGCGUUCUGCGACAGGCACGCACAUACCCACGCACGAUGCGCUACGCAUGUACCAAUUGGCCGCAGCGCGCACUGACGUCUGAACCAAUCAACUCAGUGCAAAGGGAUUUUACCACUCACGCGUAAGCGCCCUACACACGCGUACACCGCAUCCACCGACGCUGGUGUCAUACUCUGGGGCGCAUUGCAGUGUCACGAAGGGCGCACAGUUUCGUCAAACCAGUGUCUGGACACGGGGCCAGUGUUGCGCAAACCAGCUGCGCAGUGUUGUUGCCUCCAUCACUGGCUGGACGGCAGGACCGGCGGUGGUGGUGGUGUCGGCGGCGACGACGACGACAAGGUGACUAGACUGUCUGAUCAGCGCAGUUAAAAAAUUACCGACUUAUGCCGGCCGGAGUCCGCGCUGUGUGCUUGUGUGUGAGUGUGCAAUUCACUCAGUGUUGUAAUGAUAGAGCUGCGGGGCGCGCCGUUAGGUUCACGCGUCCCCGUGCUAACGUGGGUUCUAUAAAUCGGGCAUGAAUUCAGAGCAGUCCCGAGUAAUCGGAAACCACAAAAUUUAGUUCACUGGCACGCCAGUUGAUCAAAAGGUCCCUUAGAGUGCUUCAGUUCUUUGCGGAGACAAACUCUUUUCACGUGAAGAUAUGCAAUCCAACUUUGCCCUUCUCCCCUCCCCAGGAUGUAAAUCUUCACAUCUAUCAACAAAACGUGCGGCGAGGUUUGGUCCUGAAGUCCCAAAUGAGUGACAUAAUAUGCUCAGCUUUCUAAAAAAAUUUGUUAGAUGUGAUUAAGCCGACUUUACAAAUAUCGCGUAUUUGCAUUUUCCUUACCAUUUUAAUCCAGCGAGUGACUCUGCCACGGGAGGAGUGCUUAUGCGCCAGCCUCGGUUACUUCAAGUAUCAGUUCACACGCGCUUCUCUACUCGUGUUUCGAGCCCUGUUUGCGCCCUCUUUAUCAUCUUAAUCCAGAAAAUUACCACGCGGUUCCCACAGUGGCCUUCCAGUUGUGAUUGCGUCCUCUUUAUCCUCUUAGUCCAACAAGUGGCUGUGUCGGGAGGGGGAGGGGGGGGAGUGUGUACAUGCCACCUUCACUCGCUUCCCUGCGCGGGCUUCGAGCUCUGCUUGUGCUCUCUUUCCCUUCUUAAUCCAACGAGUGGCAAAGUCAGGUAUGCUAAAUAGUAUUGUUUCAGUAAGCUAACCAUAUGAUGCCAAAAUAUCUAUGAAUUACGUGAGCCUGGCAGUCAUCUGGUGGAUUCUAGGUGAAUUACUUAGGAAAUCCUGCUUGGGCAGUCAACUUACUGCAUCAUAUUUGGUGGAUUCCAGGCGUUGCAGUAGGUUGGGCUGGUACCUUGACCCAAAUGUGAUUAAACUCGCGUCGUCCGGCGGGGCCUCGUAGCUCAAGUGGUUAGGGCGUUGGCUGUACUAAAGCCUUCCCCUUACUGCGUGCGUUCGAAUCCCACUCAGUCGCCGAGUUUUUCACAGUUGGAUCAAUAUGGAUCAUUGAAAAUCUUCCAAAAUAUCUAUGACAUACGGUGUUAAUCAAGUGGAGCUGCAGAACCAGACCUCGCCAAAGGUGUAUUUUUAAAGUACACUUUAGGAUUUAACUCGAACAUACCUGCCCACACCUGAGAAGUCUGCAUUUGGUCAUCGAUCUCGACAGUAUCUUUACCAUUUUCCUGGACUACAGCAGUUCAGCCGACGCUUGGCCAUCUAUUCCGAAAAUUAUGCUGUUGGAAAAAUGCACCGCCUUAUUUUCCUGGUGGCAGAAAACGAAAACGAAAAUGUGACAACUUUACAUGGCGAUAAAACGGUGAUUUACUUCGGUUGAUAUGGUCCACAAUUUGCUCAUACCGGUGUACGGUUAAAGGGGCAAAUGUAAAUACUUGAGUGCUUCACGCCCUAGUGGGAGAUCUGCGGGAUGCUAGCUCUCGAUCGAGCCUCUUUUGGCCCUCUGCAUAAAAUACACUCUGUAAAAAUGACUAUUUUAGCAGUACUAGUCUUUAUUGUGGAUUUCCAGGUUCUUUAUGAAUUCAAAUAAACGAUAUAGAAAAAAUGCGAACAAAUUCGUUAUUUACUCUUUGGGUAGCAAAUUGCGUCUUCUUUAAAUUUUUGAUUGUAUAAAGAUUAUUUUUCGAUUUAAAAAAUUUUAAUGGCGAGAUUUUUUACGGCAUGAAAUGUCUAUUCGUAGGACAUAAUAUGUCCGCAUUUUUCCGCGUUGCUUGUAAAGCAUACAUUAGGUUUUAAAUUCGCUGCAAAAUUUCAUUAACCUCACGCAGUAUAUUUUUAAGAGAGUAUGGAAAUGUAUGAUUUUACUUGCAUGGAAAAUAUACAACUUGCGGUUUGGAAACCCUAAAUACAGGUCUAACGCGGGCCGUGUUCAAAAGUACUUGGGAAUUGAAAAAAAUUUAAAAGCCGAAUUAUGCUCUUCCUUUAAGUAUAAAAACUGAAGAGGACGUAAUUGUCUACCAAGCGAGAAAGGAAUGAAUUUUUGUGCAUGUUUCCCGUAAAAUAUAUUUGCAUAUAGGGGGGGGUAUUGAAAGUCAAUGAUAAAAGGUCAUACUACAUUUGUGGUGACUUUUUAAAGAAUGCAGUUUUUGCAGACGGCUGAAAAGAAGCCCAUUCCACAGCCAGCAUCCCGACAUGACUAAAAUAACUUGGUAUUAUGCUUUAUGAUAAGUAAUACAACAAAUGCACUUGGGUAAUCUUUUGGAGUCGGAAACGCAUUUCAGAAUUUAGGUUAACAUUUCAUGCGAUAAUAGAUUGUUGACUUUGCCCGACUCUCCUUGCGAUACGCUUUCCAGAUCAGGGUCGAAGUGUUAAUAACUUCUGCUAGUUUUAACGCCGCCUUGCUAAUAGCUACUUUAAUGGACCUAGUGUUUCAGUCGCGCCGAAUGGAGUUUUUCUUAUGCGCCAGGAACCGGUGUGCAAUUACGCGGUGCUAUUUUCAACAUCCUAAUUGUUGCGAUCUACGUCGCUGUGCUAACCGUCGAUAGUACGCAGAGGAAAGUUUUACGACAGACUGCUGGCAGGCGUGUGCGUUUGACGUUUAGUUGUUGCGGGGAGUCACUACGUAAGGACAGCGAAGUGUGAUGCAAUUACAAGUGUGAGAGCGUUGCGCAGAUCAUGGAUGGUUUGUCAGUCUUGGUCGUUGAGCAGCCUAUCAUCUACUCUGAUCGUUUCCACUUUCACCACAACAUAUGAGGGCUAGGGCAUCUGUGAUGCUUUCGACCGGGGUUGAGAGGAGGGAGGGGGGAGGGCCGUUAAUUGGUACGUCUUGCUUGACUAGAGCCUCGAGCACCGCCACUAUUAACUGCAGUCCUUUCUCAGCUGUUUCAUGGGCAUUACUUCCUCUUCUGACUCUGCCCUUUGUAAGUUGCCGUGUUCGACCAUGCUGCAUGGUGGUACAUCAUAGAAAUCACUUCCUUUGGCACAAGCCUACAAUCCCCAGACGCACGUGAAUGGCAAAACGAGUGAUUUACUUGAUGUCACUUCCGGCGUCCAUUUGGGGUAUUUUGUCUCAUGAACUCUCUUCGAGUACGCGGAAAGCCAGUUUACACAGCACGCCCCUGGUAGACCACCCAAUGUCACACAGGGUCUUCAUCUGUUUAUCCUUGGCUCUGACUGCUUUAAUGCUACUGCAGAUCUGAUAAGGUGUCAGAAUUAAAGCCAACAUUGCGUACGAUAGUUAUAAUGGUAUAUUUCAGGAAUAUAUGGCAAAUUAUCUCGGGCAAGCCCACACAGACAGAAGGGAUUGAGAGAGCAGCUAUUUCAGAUUAUUUGUUGCUUUCCUCUGCCAGCAGUGCCGACUAGCCUCCGUCACCGGACUCGUGACCAAUAUCACCGGAAAAGAAGGUUCGUCUGCUCUGGAGAUGUCAAGUGGAUCGGUGUGAAGCCAAUCCAGCGUGAACAAGUGCCCGUUCGACACUCUAGCAAGGACUGAUUAAAACUCGGCUUUGGUAUCCAACGCCUCGGUCUAUCUUCCUGUCCACCACCAGCUGAAAGUGUUGAUCGGAGGUUUGACUGACGCAAUGAGACAACACUAGACUUGAAACAGUUGCUGUAUCUGUCCGUCAUACCUUUGUAAACAUUCGUUUUAUGGUAUGGCGGGUGGCUGUCCGUUCGCGACUUUUACUACUCCCAGCCAAAUGUGCCCCAUUCCAAGGAAGAUAAGGUGAUGAAAACCACAAAAAUCGUGAUAAAGACGGUAACUUUGUAGCAGGUGGGCAGGUGAGUGUCGAUGUUGGUGCUAUUAUUAUUAUUAUUAUUGCCAGCAGCAGCAGCAGCAGCAGCAGCAGCAGCAGCAGCAGCAGCAGCAGCAGCAGCAGCAGCAGCAGCAGCAGCAGCAGCAGCAGCAGCAGCAGCAGCAGCAGCAGCAGCAGCAGCAGCAGCAGCAUUGUAUUCAGGACUAG